CCAUUUUUUCCAUUUUUAUUUUCCCAGUUACAGGGAUCCAUUAAAAGAAAGCUGGAAGAUGAUAGCUCUCCUGCCUCCAGUGGUGUGCCUGAUGUCAUUUUCCCAAAUGACAGUAAAAGACUUUGUCUCGACGAUGUAACCCUUUCCAUGGGCCAAGGUACCAAUCCCAAUGUGGCAUGUCCAGAAAUGCAAAGUACUCCAUUCUCCACCAGUCACAGCACUUCUUCCAUGGCAGUCACAGGUCAUUCAGUGCUCUUGGAAAACAAUCACAUGAAUGGUAGUGGCAUCGGCUCCCCAUUUUCUGUGCCACCCAACACGGAAAUAAAUCAGAAGGGGUCAGUAGGAGGGCAAGGUAACAGCAUUGUCCACUAUGAUGAGAAAGGAAACAGCCUACAGUCUGUGGACCAGGAGUUGCAAGAUCUGUUGGAAGAGCUGACAAAGAUGCCUGAUCCUUCUCCCAAUGACCUGGAUCUGGAGAAGAUUCUGGGCAGCAAGGCUGAAGAGCCACUUGGGCUGAGUCAUUCUCAACCAAGCAUAAGUAGCACUCCAAAGUCCUCCCCGCAGACUUCCCACUUGGAGAACCAUGUUGCUAACAAAGACUUUUCCCCAGGCUGCAACCCAGCCAGUGGAGGAUCUCCUCAGAUGAGGCCAUCAUCUGCUGGAGCUAACUUCCAGGUUCCUCCCUCAAACAAACCUGCUGCAUCACCCAUCUCUGCAGCAGCUCAGAGCAAGAACCAGCCACCACCCAUGCUUCCAGUACCCUUACCCACCAUACCUGGCUCCAACUGGCAUGCUCAGCAGCUGAAGCAGCUGGCAGCUAGCAAGCAGGUGUCUACUACAAAGCAACAAGUACAGGCUCCUAGCUGGCCAUCUAUGUCUCCUCCUGGUCUCUCUCCUCCUUAUAGGGCAGGAUCAUCCCCCCACCAUCAGCCUUUUAGUCCUCAAAAUGUUAUGGUAUCUGGUAUGCCUGCUAAUAAUUUACCAGGAAACAACAUUCAGAGUCCUCAAAACACUCUGCUUUCAAGCAUGACUUCCAGCAGCACCCCCUCCAAUGGCCCCUCUCCUCCCUACGGGUCUGAGAAGCUUUCCAGUCCAGCUCUGAACCAGCAGCCCUUCAGCCCACAGAGCUCCAUGCUGCCUGCCCUGACAGCAGCCAGCUUACCAGCCAGCAAUAUUAAAAGUCCGCAGAACAACUUGGUUGCCAGCAUGGCUCCCACAAAUACUGGACCUUCUCCACCAUACAGGCCAGAGAAACUGUCAAGCCCUGCUCUGCAUCAGCAGCCCUUCAGUCCUCAAGGUCCAUUAAUCUCUAAUAUCACUCCCAACAACAACCCCACAAGUAUGCAGAACUCACUUUUUAAAUCAAUGACUACAAGCCAGUCCAAAAAUAUGAACAUAAUUAUGCAACAGCCAUCUGCUAGCUUACAGCCAGGUCUGGUGAAUGAGAGCCCUGUUAACCAAGACCAGUUUUCUUUCAACAACACCAAGCCACUAUCUCACUUUGCCUCGGAGUCAGCUACUCAAAAGAUGUCACCUCUGACAGCAGGACAAGGGCAGCAGUCGCUCAUUCACUAUCUCCAGCAGCAGCAGCAGCAGUCUCCAGCCGCCCAGCAGUCCCAGCAGGCUAACAAUAGCCAGUUCCUGCAGCAGCAGUUCCGACAGCUGAUGCAGCCACAUCGGAUGCAGAGACACAUGCAGUCUGCCACACUGCCAUCUCAAAACAGACAGCCUCAUUGACAGAAACCCACUCAAAGAAAACCAGCAGAGUUCCCUGGGAUGUUGGUUGGCAUUUGAAAGUCAUCCCCUCACUCUAUGUGCACGUUUGGGAAUGCGACUAACAUUUAUCAGAAGAAGGCCUGGCGCUCUCAUCUUUUGAGCAAGAGGUGCAGCUCGAUACAGAAGAGUGUGGAUGGUGGCCAGUUGGAGGGAGAACAGUAAACCGCACAACGUGAUCCUUGUCGCAGGAGAGCAACAGGUGGGAGAGCUGUGGCUGUGCCACAGCCCAGGGUGAGCCGUUUGCUGAUCUGUUCAGGCGAAUUAAAGCAAAGGCUCCACGUCCCAGAUGCUGGCUUCCUCCUGGUGCCUCCCAGCUGCAGCGUGUGGAACAUAAUGGUGUAUCUCUUCGGUGUAAUCAGUCUGCAUCCCAGAGCCUGGGUUGCCUGGACAAGUGGCAAAUCUGAUAAGGUUUGAUCUUUUCACGUCUGAAGCGCUGUGUCUUUGUCGUUGAGCGCUGACAGAUAUUGAUUUAGGCACCAGCAGUUUGCGUUGUGUGAUAUUGCAAAGCCUGGUGGUGCUCACAGUGCUCCUGUGGAUAUGUGCAAGUUUUCAUUACACUCAUGUACUACUGGUGCUUGCUGAGUGAAAUUACACUCAAAGGUCUGGACUCGUAAAUCCAAAAUACAAAGGUGGUAUUAAGUGCCGGAGAGCCUCCCGAGCUAUCCCCUGCUGCUUUCUGGGCUGCGGCUCAGCCCCCUGACUUUCUGUUGGCUGGCUCCGGCUGUGUGAAGGCAGCAUCUGCCCAGGCAGGUUGAAUAGUUGGGCAUCUCCCGCAUUUUAUGUCUACAUACAGCUUGUACUUGCAGAUCCUCUCUUUUGGCAUGUCGGAAAUACUGGGUGCAGUUGUGCCUCCAGCUAUGCUGGUAUGACAUCCCUGAGUUCAGAAGAGCCAUUCUCUUGUUCCAAACGAUGUAAGAAUAGUAACGGGCCCUCGUGAAUGGAAAGAGGAGUUCUCCUGCUUGUAGGAGGAGGAGCUGGGGAUCACUGCAUUUAAACCUUUGGGGGGCUGUGAGUUUUCCAUGCCCAAGUCUGUGUGAGUUAGUUUCAGAGCCCUGGGAUGGGGGCUGCAUUGCCCACUGCUCUGUAACACACUUUCAGACAAGACUCUGUGUAAAGGCUUGUUUUCUUGGGGGGACAUGGCUAAUAAAUAGCUAUUGUUUGGGUGUGACACACUGUGCAUUUCUGAGCUGCACUUGCUCUGCGGGAACCAAUUGUGCUAUUCUUAGAGCUCUCCACAUUUCUGCUGACAUCCAGAUAGUUGUAUACAGGGUGCCAGUGGAGGGUAUGUUUGUUUCAGCUCCACUGCCAAAAAUUAUGGAAAAGGAAAAAAAUUAUAGUGGAAGAAGCAUAGAGAAAAAUCUUGCAAUAUAAAUAGCUGUAUUUUAUUGUGUGCUGACUCUAUGUGAGAUAUUGAAGAAUGUGAUGAAUUUUUUUUAAAAAAGAACUCCGUAAAGGACUUGAGACUGUUUGUUUAAUUGUGGUAAAAGAAGCAAUAGAGUAUCUGGGUUGGUGGAGUAAAUCACAGGCUGCAGAAACACCAAAACCCUCAAGCUUCAUUAAACAUGCUAGAAGGAAAAAAAGUGAACAAAAAGUCUUCCUUCUAUGCAUGAGCUCUCUUAAAAUAGAAACAAAACUGCAGAAGUACUGCACUGUUAUAAAGAGCAAACUGACCCAGAGCUUAGAUGUUAAAGGUUAAAUAAAUAUAAUGGAAUACAAAAUUCAGCUUUUAUUAAUAUAAGAAUAGAAAUGUACACUGAGUUGUGGUGUAUAUACAGGGAAAGCAAUCAUGUUUUAGUGGGGAUUUUUGAGAUGUUGUAAAUUUUCCUAAUACACAAAACAAGCUGUGAUAUCUUGUAUUAUUAAUAAGACUGGAAUCCCAGAUUUCAUCUGCAGUUUCAGUCUUUCCCCUGUCCCUUCCCUGCCCCGUCCCUUUUGUCUUUAAGCGUCACACUUAUCUAACUGUGAAUGAAGUUCUGCUUGGUCUUUCCCACUGAUC